CCCCUUAUAGAUUUAAAAAGAGAGGCUGCAUUCUCAGACUGACACUUAUUCAACACUGCCACCUUAAGCAGAUUACUUUUGCGCUCGCCCGUGUCAAAUACGUGCUUCACUUUGCCUAUAUCCAUCAUGUUUGGGAUGCUCCAGCACCACCUUCACCCGGGCGUUUUUUUCUUCUUCUUCUUAUGGCUAUGCCAUCUCAUGGAAGAUCAAAAAGUUCAAGCUGGAAACUGCUGGCUGCAGCAGGGAAGGAACGGGAGGUGCCAGGUGCUUUACAUGCCCGGAAUGACCCGAGAGGAGUGCUGUCGGAGUGGGAGACUGGGGACGUCCUGGACCGAGGAGGACGUCCCCAACAGCACGCUCUUUAGGUGGAUGAUCUUCAAUGGCGGAGCCCCAAAUUGCAUACCUUGCAAAGGUGGAGAAAGCUGCGAAAAUGUUGACUGCGGACCUGGCAAGAGGUGCAAGAUGAACAGGAAAGGUAAGCCGCGCUGCGUGUGCGCGCCGGACUGUUCAAACAUCACCUGGAAAGGACCCGUCUGCGGCUCCGACGGGAAGACCUACAAAGACGAAUGCGCGCUCCUCAAGGCUAAAUGCAAGGGCCACCCCGACCUGGAGGUGCAGUACCAAGGAAAAUGCAAGAAAACCUGCCUCGGCGUCCUGUGCCCAGGAACCACCACCUGCGUCGUGGACCAGACAAAUAACGCGUACUGCGUGACGUGUAAUCGGAUUUGCCCCGACAUGGCGUCGUCUCAGCACUACCUCUGCGGGAAUGAUGGGAUCACCUACGCCAGCGCCUGUCACCUGAGAAAGGCCACCUGUCUCCUGGGCAGAUCGAUCGGAGUGGCAUAUGACGGAAAAUGCAUCAAGGCCAAGUCGUGUGAGGAUAUCCAGUGCAGUGCAGGGAAGAAGUGUUUGUGGGACGCUCGGAUGAGCCGGGGUCGCUGCUCGCUCUGCAACGAGUCCUGUCCGGAGAGCAGAACGGAUGAGGCGGUGUGCGCCAGCGACAACACCACGUAUCCCAGCGAAUGUGCAAUGAAGCAGGCUGCUUGUUCUAUGGGGGUGUUGCUGGAAGUCAAGCACACAGGAUCUUGCAACUCCAUUACAGAAGACCAGGAGGAGGAUGAGGAAGAUGGGGACUCAGACUACAAGGCCUAUGUCCAUUUAUCUUCUCUACUGGAUGGAUAAACUCCCAUCACUGUAGAGAGGGGAGCGUUUUUUAGGGCAAGAAAUCAUGUCCAUACUGUACAUUAUGUGUAUGCUUAUUUAUUUUUUAAGGAAAAAAGGAAGUAUACAUAUAGUUCAGUCUGCUAGAUGUUUAUUUAUACUAUUUUUGUGUUUUAUAAUUUAUACAUUUACAUUGUCAGGCAUUCAUUUAUCAUGAUAUAUUCCCCAUUUUCUUGUUGUUGUUAUUUUACUUUUUUUUUUUACCAUGAAGAAUUAUAUCUGUCCAAAGAAAAACAGUGUUAUUUAUUUGUCAUUUUACCAUGUAAGUAUAUGUCAUCUACAAGCUGUAAAUUGCAUUCUCUGAGCUGUAAAAAACCUGCUUGUUUCUGUCAAAUCUCUAUCACAGAUGUUUAUGUCACACAUACGGAAAUGCAUGUUUAGGCUGUGAGUUUAUUUAUUCGGUAUAUAUAUCAAUCAUUUUAUGUACAUACAUGGGUUUUUUUUGUUUGUUUACAACUAUAAUAACUGACCAAAGGGGUUCUCUCACUGGUAUGAGCAUUGCAAAGGGUGCAGGAACAAAAUGGAACGAAAAUAAGAGAGCCAAUUGUGUUUCUUUUCUUAUAUUUAGAGUAUUUUCUUUGUGGUUUCAGUUCUUUAGAUUUUUUUAACCUGAAAGCAUGAUUCCACAGCAUGUAUGUAGUCUCACAGUGUUGAAGUGUAGUUCAGGCAAUAUUUGAUCACUUCAGAAAUAAUGUGCCAUUAACAUUUGUUAGCUGUCCUUUUGCCAAUGUUCUGCGUAUUGCUCUCACAGAGCGACAGUAGGAUUACUUUCUUGCAGUAUUCUACUCUAUACCAGACUCCUUUACAUUGUUUAUUUUCUUUUUUUUUCCUCUGAGUGCAUUUUUUAUUUUCAAACAUCACCAGAGAAAUACAAAAUUCUGUUAUGAAUAUAUAGUUUUGUAUUUUUAUGUAAAUGUCAUAUGUACAUACAAAGUUUGAUGGUAUUUGUACAGAUAUGAAUAGUGAAACAAUAAAAUCUUUUCAUUAUAA